CGUUUCCACUUCUCGCGGCAAAAACCUCCACCGGAGACACGGAGCAGAUAAGGCGGCCACCCACUCCGCCACCGCCGCCGCCGCCGCCGCCGCCGUCGCCGGCCAUGGUCGUCGGCCUCGCCUUCGCGCCGGGCGUGCCCCGCGUCGUCCCUCGUAGGCUCGCCGCCGGCGGCCACGCCAUGGCCUGCUCCUCGUCGUCGGCGCGGUUCAUGGCCAGGCGGCCGCGGCUCGUGGUGGUGGCGCGGUACAACGCCUCCUCGUCGUCGUCGUACGAGAGCGACGAGGAGGAGGAGGAAGGGUUCGGCGGCGGCGGCGGGUGGGGGAGGAGGGACCGUGGCCCCGACCCCGACUACGACCCCGCCCUCGACAUCGAGCGAAUCGAGGCUUCAACGGUUAGGCUAUUGGAUGAGGAGAAAAGAAUGGUUGGUGUGGUAUCUGUAAGCGAAGCAGUGCAGAUUGCAGAUGAAAAUGAUCUUAUACUGGCAAUAUUAUCACUCGAUGGAGAUCCUCCGGUGCUCCGACUAUUCCAAGAGAAAGAUUACAAAAAGCACAAGUACGAACAACAGAAGAAGAAAAGAACUCAGCAGAAAAGAUCUGUUGCAAAACGCAUGGGCUUGAAAGAGCUGAAAAUGGGGUACAACAUUGACAUUCAUGAUUACAGUGUGAGACUUAAAGCUGCAAGGAAGUUUCUGAAAGCUGGCGACAAGGUCAAGAUAAUGGUAAACUUAAAAGGCAGGGAAAAUUUGUAUAAAAAACAAGCUAUCGAACUUCUUAGGCGGUUCCAGAAUGAUGUCGGUGAGAUGGCAACAGAAGAAAGUAAAAAUUUUCAGGAAAGGAAUAUAUAUCUUGUUCUUGUUCCCAAUAAGAUAGCUAUACAAAAAGAGCAGGAUGAGCUGAACAAAAAGGAUACUGCGAUAGAAGACAGUGACCAAUCAGAUGACCAACCAGAGGAGAGUGAACCUGUGCCAGCACAACCGGAGGAAAGCAAGGAGACUGAGACAGAAGUCUCAGCAAAUGUUUGAUUGAACCAUAAAGUCUUGGGGAUGUCUUCUCAGAUUUCGUAAGGUACUGUUAAAUGCAAGGCUGCUGCUGCUGUAUUUAACUCCACGCAUGUAGAGUUUUGCCCAGACGGUCACACAGAACAAGGAUCAAUAUCGUCAAGAAGCUGAAACUUUGUCAUUUCAGCAUUGCAGAAUGAUACUUCCGGAGCUGUGAAUCCUCUUGAAUUGCACAGACCAAGCUGGCUGUGAAUCGUGAGACUAGAAGCAUGAAUCGAUGAUACGAAGGUUUGCUUGUAGCUGUAUCACCCAUAGCAGUGUAGUUGAUAUUUGAUCACACGAUUUUGUUUGUGCUUUGCCUUGUUCCCUUCCCAGUAAUGCUGUAGAGAAGAGUAAUUGUAUGUAUCUACUGUCAAAUGCUUACUUCGGAUUUUGACCUUUGCCUGCAACAAGAGCCUGAUAAGAGGCUGUGCGAUUUUUUGUCUUCUUUUUUGCAUGAGAAGUACCAAUAUCAUUCUGGUUUGAACUGAUUA